AUGCAGAUGUAUCAGAUCCUCUCUGCUUCCGGCUUGCGCAAAGUCGCAGGCGUCAAGUACCCUGCCGUAUACGCGCCGGACGCGGAAGCCGCUGUCGACCCCAAGAAGAUGAAAUUCAACUGCGCCCAAAGAGCUCAUGCCAACACUCUUGAAUUCACCCCCUUCGUCCUCGCUCUCUUUGGUUACCUAAGUGUCUUUCAUCCCAUUGUCGCAUCUGUUGGACAGACGCUGUGGGUGGUCGGUCGUAUUGGAUACACUCGCGGCUACCAUACUGGAACCCCAGGCAAUCGCAUCAAUCUCGUCAAUAGACUCUCUUGGACAGGGAUAGCUGGUGGGCCACAGCGCUUCCUCCCCCCAAUACGCACAAAGGGUUGA